GCAUUACAGAAAACUAACCAAACCAUAGAAGAAAAAUUACUACAAGUGGCUGCUACCAAUGAGAAAGAGAAACAGUUCCUUGGUAAAGAAAUGAUGACUUUGACAUCAAGAUUGGUCGAUGUCAGAUGCAAACUUAACCAAAAAGAAGAUGAAAAUGCACGUCUAAAAAAAGAUUGUGAAUUAUCAGUCCAGUUACUACAAUGUGCACCUGCAUCCAACUACCUAACACACAAAGUCAGCAUGUUACCCCAUGAUCUACAGUACAGAGUUCAUAAAGUAAUGGCGGAGGAGUUCACCACACCAAGUCCAGACACAGUAGAACCUCUCCUUUAUACUCCCAAUGAAGAUGCACCAAAUUUAGCUGGUCGCGUUUACGACAGAGUGUCAACAGCGGUGAUUGCGAGGGCCAUGAAAAUGAGAGAAGACGAUACACAAAACAACAAAUGUGUGCCUGCAACCAUUAUUAAAAAAGAUUUGAGCAAUAUAGGAACACAGACAAUUCAGCCUUAUCAGGGAUCACUGUCUGCAAAAACAAGGCGAAAUAGUGUGACUAAUGAUCGAGGCAUUCAGGCAGACCUGGGUAAAGAGUCUCUUGAAAAUUGUAUUGAAGGGACUGAGACUGGCAAUGAUAGUGAUAUACCUAGCAACAUAAAUGGUAAACACCUUUCACCCAGUCAUCGUUCACCUCAACGUACAACACCUUCUUCACCGCCUCCAAAUCUGUUAGACGACAUUGUUGAUUUGAUUGAUUUUUCGCAGCCUUCCUCACAAAGUAAUGAUGUUUCUGUAAAUGAAAGUGUCAUUAGCAAUAGUCACCCAUCACAGACUUCCAGAAAUUCAUCUCGUAGAAGCAGCACUGAGAGUAAUUCUGAUAGCAUAGUAGGUGGGAUCAACAGUAGGCGUAGUAGCUCUAGUUCCAACCAUAGCAGCUCUUCUUCGCAGAAUCGCAAGUCAGACUCCCACAAUGUGCUGAACACUAAUAAACAGCGGAUAGGCAGGCAUAGUAGCCGAGAAAUGGAAUACGGACCGGAUUUAAUCCAAGCAUCCCCUCCGCCGACCACAUCUCAUUAUCAACCCUUUAAAUUUCAUACCCGAGGGGGAGGUCCAGGACAGAUUGGUAAAGCUCGUGGACCAAUGAAACCUGGAAUGUUUGCUGCACAUCAUCAGAAUCAUCCUGGUGGUGUUGGUGGUGUUAGGAUGCAUUAUAACACUCCACCAGCCUCCCCUGGACACCCUAAUAUAGUCAACAAAAUUAGUACCCAAACAGAUGUUUAG